AAUGAACUGUCAACGCUGUGUGCAAUCUGACGAACUUUGGGGAAAGUAUAUGGAAUUUCACCUGUGUUUGCAAACGCAUGUGGGGAGUAAAUCAUGCGAUUUCGUGGAAGAGAGAAUGGAUCUAGAGGUCUCACACGCAUGCGAUCCCUUGAAACAGAGCAUGGAUAAAGAAGAGGAGCAACGUAAAGAGAUUGCUGAUUUAAAGAAGCAGCUGGACGAUUUGAAGACUGAAAAAUCUUUUGUAAACAGCAGCUCAGAACACUCUGAAAUUAUCAAUGAUCCAUGCAGAAGAUCAGAGCUUACCAUCAUGUACCAACAUAUUGACACUCAAGUCUGGGCACGGACAAAAGAUGGGAUAAAUAAGUCUGAAAAUUCUGAGCAAAUGAAACAAUGGGCUAAGAACUUGAUAAAGGCCACCUUUGAGGAAGGAAAAAAAGAAAUUUCUUCCAGGAGAGAGGAGAUGGACAGUGGAAUGCCUAGCCCCAUUAAAGAAAAGGUUUCACCCUACAUCCAGUCUUCCAUGAAAAAUCGGCAGAUGGUCUUCUUCCUGCAAUUCGAAAACAUAAAAAAAAACUCUGAUUUCAUUUCAACAUUUGUCAAGGAGAAAUACCAAGGUCACCAUGAGGUCGUCCAUGAGCAGAAAAACCUUAGCCAACAAGAGGUCUAUGAGCAGAACAACCCAAGUCUCCCUGAGGUCGUCCAUGAGCAGAAAAACCUUAGUCAACAAGAGGUCUAUGAGCAGAACAAACCAAGUCUCCCUGAGGUCGUCCAUGAGCAGAAAAACCUUAGUCAACAAGAGGUCUAUGAGCAGAACAAACCAAGUCUCCCUGAGGUCGUCCAUGAGCAGAAAAACCUUAGUCAACAAGAGGUCUAUGAACAGAAAAACCCAAGUCUCCCUGAGGUCGUCCAUGAGCAGAAAAACCUUAGUCAACAAGAGGUCUAUGAGCAGAACAAACCAAGUCUCCCUGAGGUCGUCCAUGAGCAGAAAAACCUUAGUCAACAAGAGGUCUAUGAACAGAAAAACCCAUGUCUCCCUGAGGUCGUCCAUGAGCUCUACGUCCACUGUUACUUUCUGAGCCGUUUGAUGGCCCUUCACAACCCUCCUAUUGAAGUCUGCUGGGACAGGCCUGGUGUCGAUGCAUUCCCUGCUCUGAAAUUAAUGUGUCCCAUUAAUGUAUAAUUAAGAGUGAUGCUUUCAGUUUUUAUUGACACAAUAUGUGUUGUCACUGUACCAAUGUCAGUUGUAAUAUGGUGUUUUAAAGUAGGUUUUAAAUCAUGUCCAACUCCAAUCAGAACAGAUUAUCUGUGGUUUUGAUAGUGAUUACAGUAGUGGACGAAUGAGGUGGACCUUUUCAACUUUUUCUAUUUGGUGUAGGUGACCUAUGGGAGAUCUGAGUCUCUUUUGCAAUUUAACUGAUUGAUCACGUGAUUACAGGGAUAUGUCACAAACAGAAUGCACACCCACCAUUUUCCCUGGGUCAGUUUGCUUUAGCCUCUGACAAUACGACAAUGAGAUUUCAUUCAAAAUAAGAAAAUAAACAUUCUUGCUUUUACAACUUC